UAGAAAGGCAGAAGGAAAAAGCAAUAAGAUUGAGAGAAAGAGUGAAUGAAAUAGCUUAGAUGUCAGUGGUCGUUGAAGUGGUUACUUGGGAACUGUACUAACUGCUACUUUAGUUUUGAUAAGAUACCGUGUUUCCUUCAGAUGUGUAGAAGAAGGAUUCUAGUGGUCUUUUUUUAGUUUCGUCUUCACUUUCAUUUUGAUCGUGUAUUUGGAGGUGUGUGUGUGUGUCCCACUCUCUCGUACUGCACUUCACUCUGAUUAGAUCGUUUGGUGAGAAACGGUAACAACCACUCAAGGUUACACAGUUGCAUAGCCUUCUUGUCUGUUUUCAAAGACAAAAAAAUUAACGGUGUCUUAUUGUAAUUGAGUCUGACCAAAAGCUGAUCAUACCAGGAAUUAUAAAGGUGGAUUUAUAAGUAAUAUUUGAAGAAUUUUGAUGGAUUCAAAUUUCCUAUUAGUACCAAAGAUUAUCAAUGGUGCCAUUGCUGGUAUUGUUGGGGUCACAUGUGUUUUCCCCAUUGAUCUGGUCAAAACUCGAUUGCAGAACCAACAGCCUGGUCCAAACGGUCAACUUUAUUAUAAGAGUUUAUUUGACUGUGGCGUGAAAACAUUUCGUAAUGAAGGCUUCUUUGGAAUGUAUCGAGGUUCUGGGGUUAAUUUGCUUUUAAUUACACCAGAAAAAGCCAUUAAACUUGUUGGUAAUGAUUUCUUCAGAUACAUCCUCAAAACUGACAGUGCCAGACUGCCUUUUCACAGAGAAUUAUUGGCUGGUGGGGGUGCUGGACUGUGUCAAAUUAUUGUCACUACACCUAUGGAACUGCUUAAGAUCCAGCUUCAAGAUGCUGGAAGAAGUGGCUCUGCUACCAGUAAUGGCACUGUAGUACGUUUAUCUGCUACAAAAAUAGCUUUAAAUCUUGUACGAGAAAAAGGAAUCACUGGGCUUUAUAAAGGUUGUGGAGCCACAAUGUUAAGGGAUGUCACUUUCUCUGCAAUUUACUUCCCAUUAUUUGCUCAUCUCAAUGCAUUGGGUAAAAGACGAGAAGGCAGUGAUCAAGCUGUUUUUUAUCAUUCCUUUUUCUCUGGAUGUGCAGCAGGCUGUAUAGCAUCGUUUAGUGUCAACCCUUUUGAUGUGGUGAAAACCCGGUUACAGACAUUAAAGAAAGCAGAAGGUGAAAAAGAAUAUUCAGGAAUCAUUGAUUGUUUUGGAAAAAUCAUGAAGCACGAAGGUCCAAAAGCUUUUCUGAAAGGAGCUAUGUGCCGAAUUCUUGUUAUUGCUCCUUUGUUUGGUAUAGCACAAACAGUGUAUUAUCUAGGAGUGGCAGAAUUAUUACUUGGAUUAAAGAAACCUUAAUAUUUUUUUUUUCUAAGCUGGAUAACAAUACAUAUCAUGGUAUACUAUCAGUGUGAUCAUAAAUAAACAUUUAUUGUAUCUGAUAUAUUAGUAAUAUCAUCAAGGCAUUCACAAUUAACAUAGAGCAUUUUAGGAAACUGUCAACAAUAACAAUUAAAAAAUUUUUUUUCAUUACUUGAAAUGUAAAUAACAUUAAUUUAAAAGUCUCAGGAACUCCUUUGUAUUUUAUUUUAAACAUAAUAAGCUUUUAUUCACUGGAAUAAAUUUCUAUAACACAUUUUUUUUUUUUGGUGGGGGUAGAUAUUUGUCAUUACUGUAAUGAUAACAAUUGACUUCCACCUUCAAGUCUUUUCGUUAUUUUUCUUUUUUUCUUUAACUUCAAUCAUUGUUAUAUGAAUGCCAUAGGGGUUCUACUUUGUAUAUUCUUGCAUAUUUAUCAAAUGACUUUAAAUUUAAUAUUUUUGUUUAAAAUCAAAAUAAUUAAUUAAUGAAAUUGUUUUUAAAAAAAUUUAGACUUUGUCCAAAAACUGACCUUCUUUUAUUUUUCACAAAUUAAGUUCAUAAAAAAUAACUAAAUGGGGAAAAAGUGAUAAGUAAAAUGUCUCUUGCAUUUUCGUUGAGCUUUUAAAGAAUGGGAUUAUAAACCAGUUGUAGGCAAUAAAAAAUGUUAUAUUAUUAAGGUUUAACAAAAUUAAAUUACUUAUGACUAUUUUACCUAAAUAUAAUUUUUUUUCAACUGAUGUAUAUGAUUUUGUAAUUAAAAAAAAAGUAAUCUACAUUUAAAGUAAAUUGCUUUGAAAAAACUUCCUUAUAUAGUUAAAAGGGUGAAUUGAACUUGCUUUUUGUCUCAUCAUAGAUUUCUAGAUGUAAAUCAAUGUAAUGAGUGGGAAAUAUAAAAGUUAAAGCUGCUAAACUUUGUCUCUGCACUUUAACUUUUGUGUUUCUCUUUUUUUAACCUUCACCAAAUCUGAAAAAAAAAUUUUCAUUUAAGAGAUUCUUGAUUACAAAUCAUUGAAGUUCUGUUGAGAAGUUAACAAAAGAUAAAUAGAUGUAGUUGUUAAUAUUAUAUGUAAGAUUAAGUUAGCAAGCUGGUUGAAUCAUUAGCAUGCCAGGCAAAAUGCUAAGUGACAAACAUUUUAUGUUCUGAGUUCCAAUUCUGCUGAGGUUGACUUCGCCUUUCAUCCUUUCAGAGUCAAAAAAAUAAGUACCAGUUGAGCACUGGGGUCAAUGUAAUCAAUUUAUUCUUUCCCCCAAAAUUGCCGCCCUGUGCUAAAACUUGAAGCCAAUAUUAUAUAAUCUUACAUUUUCACUGAUAUUUUGUAAGAAGUGGCUAGUCAAUUACCUCAACCCCAGUGUUCAACUGGUACUUAUUUCAUUGAUCCUGAAAGGAUGACAGGCAAAGCUGACCUCAGCAGAAUUUAAACUUAGAAGGUAAAACUGAAUGAAAUACCGCUAAGCAUUUUGUCCUGCAUACAAUUCUGCCUGCUUACCACCAUAAUAAUAAUAAUGAUAAUAAUAAUUUACUUUUCUUUUACUCUUAUGAAAAUAUCUUCUUUGUAAAUUAGAAGAAUCUUGAUUGAAAGUAUUUUGCAUAGAAUUUAUUUACGUGAUUCUUGUUUACUUACAAACCAUUGAAGCUGUGAUAAGAAAUUAACCAAAGAUAAUUUAAUACAGAUAACAUUUUUCACUGCAAACCAAUGAAGCUGCAUCCAGAAAUUAACAGUUCCUAAAAAUAAACAUAGCCAUUGUGGAAAAACAGUUUUGAUGAGAUUUGUAAUAGGCUCUUAAGGGUGAGGCACUGCUCUUUUUCUGGGAAGAAGCAGUCCUGCUUUUUUUAAUAAUUAUGUAAAGGAUGAUAUUCUUACUGUGAAAUAAAGCAGUGGUUGGAAAUAUAUAAUAUAUAUGUAUAUAUAUAUAUUUCCCCCUUUGUUAGAAUGACAUUUCUUCAAGGAGAGGUUUCUGAUGCAUCAGUCAGUAUAAAAGGACUUAUUUUCCCUUCUUGAUAAAUUUUGAAAAUACAAAUAUUUUCAGAAGAUUGGGAUAAAUCUGAAAGAAGAAAUCCAUAGAUGAAAAAGGUGAGUUUUGGAGAUUAUGAAGCAGGGAAGUUUUGGGAGUGUAAUUCUUGGAAAGUUUUCUUGAUAUAAAAAUUCAGAUAUUGUUUAUCAUAUCAACCUGGGUUAAAAUGUCAGAAAUCGUUUCUUGGAUUAAGCAACUAAUAUAACAGUUUCUAAUUUUCUUACUACAAAUAUAGAAGUAGAUAACAGAAUUUGAAAUUGAAGCUUGUUUGUUCUAACAGUAGAAACAUCUUCAGAUUUUGAAAUGCAAAAUGUCUCAUUGACAAACUCAUUUUUGUUUUUAAUGUAACAAACAUAAAAUGUUUCUAAGCAAAAUGAAGCAAAGUAUGAAAAGCAAAAAUAUAUAAACAAGCAAUUCUUUUUGGGAAUAAUAUAUUUCUGUUAUUUAUAGCUUUAUGUAUAUACUCUGAGAUAUACUGUUCCAAAAGAGAAUUAUUUCAUAUUUUGUUGAAAGUUUAUAAAAUUCUUAUGACAUCAACAAUAUAAAGAAGUGUAUAGAAGUAAAUAACUGAAUAACUAAAAUCUAGAAAUGUUUUAAAAUAUGUAUGUGUGCAUGCAUACCUGUAUGUAUACACAUGCACACAGAUAUAAACAAAUGGUUAAGAAGAUUGUUUCACAAUUACGUAGUUCUGGAUUUAAUCCUACAACAUUGCAUCUUAGUUAAGUGUCUUCAUCAUAACCUAGGGUUGAUUGAAACUUUUGAGUGAAACUAGGUUGAUGGAAACUGUAGAAGUUGGUCAGUUAAACUGGAUUUGUAAUUCAAAGGUCCAGCUUUAUCAAUGUGUCAAAUCGAUUCUACUUGAGGGUUAGAUUAUGGGAAUACCUGUCUUUGGCAUACUCAUCUACUUUGCACACUAUUUCUAAUUUCAUAAGUACAUCUUUCAGUCGAUUAAGUAAUUAGACACUCAUCAUCAUCAUAUCAAAAUUGAUGAGUCAAUCAUAUAUAUAGAUGUAUACACAUACAUAUAUAUGUAUACACACACACACACAUAUACUGGAACAGUGGAAUCUCAAAGCAAAUAAAGCUAUGAAAAAUAGCAUGUAAAUACUGGGUUAAAAAACUUCAUCAUCAACCCUUACUUGUUGGCAAGAAAAUAUUUCCCUUAGUCCUUUGAAUGAAAACUGCACAAUACCUGGAUGUAAUUUCAUAGAAGAUUGCAAACAAAUGACACUGCUUGUAUGAUGGUGACAUUUCUUUACAACUAGUGCACAAUAUCAAGAUAAGGAGAUACAACCACUCAUGCAUAUAUAUAUAUAUAUAUAUAUAUAUAUAUAUAUAUAUA